AUGAAAAGAUGCUUGUCAAGACUGAAAAAGGUUAUCGCAGUUCUGACACUGACGGAGUUAGCCAGGUGUUGGCUUCCCUUCACGUGGAAAGAAGCGACAAUAGAAGCCGCCACAACAAAAGGGGGGUAUGCCUGCACAGAAUACGUUAUCCCCAAUAGCUUCGUUAAGAGGCCUGGCGGAAAAUAUUCUUCCCUCCGUAGAAGACUCACCGCGAGACGUAAAAAGAAUGAAUUGUUUGUGCAAAGAUAUGGUCUUCAUAACCAACGUGAUGGAAGCAACCUGGUGGGGAAGAGAGUCUCCUUCCUAUUCUUCCGUGUAGGUGCACAUAUAGGUGAAACGAACCAAAGUGAUCAGACAGCUCGUCCGAAUAGGCAGCACGUAAAUUGUGUCCGAGGAAGGUACCUCCCUGUUCGUUCCAUCCAAGUGUUCUCAUCUAAUGGACAAAGUUAUCCCCUCGAUGCAAACCACGAGAUGUCCACAGGCGAAUGCAUACAUCCGCGCCUUCCCAACAAAACAAGCGAAUCUGUUGUGUCGACCGAGCAGAAGGAGGAGGCAGAAUGCGAGAGGAUUUUCCUAACCGACACUAAGUAUUAUAAAAGGAGCAAGUACUCCAAAGCAGGUUACAUAAAAAAAAAAACAAGAGAAGGUGAAUUGAAAGGUGGGCACAAUGGGGAGCGUUUUCCUUCAAAGGGAAUGCCCCUCAGUGAAUUUCCUCCCAUCGCACCCAUCGAAACUGAGGGUGAUCUCCUCACAAAUCGCAUGAGAAAAGGCGCACAAAAUGAGCAUGCCAACUUGCCUGAAUUUUUUAUCGCUAACUAUUACGCGGAUCGAAAUAGGCCCAACGAGCUGGAUCUAGCGAUAGACACGGAUAAAAAAGGAAGUUCUUCACCCAUAGGUAGUAAAAACAGCGACAAAACGGACGAGAAUUACACAACUAAUAACCACACUAGUAGGAAUGUAUCAAUAAUGAACUCCUUCACAGUGAUAGGAGAAAUUGUAGGAGUGCAUGGGUUACAGGGAUGGCUAAAGGUAGUGAGCUUCACAACAUUUAACGAUAUUAGAUUCAAGAAAAAUAUGUAUAGGUAUUUAUUUAUGAAUACGUAUCCAUACCCUUUGCCAAUUAAACUGGCAGAUGUGAAAGAAUCCCUAAAGGUAGGAUUUCUGUACGUAAAAAUUGAAGGAAUAAAUUCGAGGACAGAUGCACUUAAAUUAAAGUCUUGUCUAAUUUGUGAUGAUAAAAGGAAAUUCCCAGACUUAAGUGAAAACCAGUACAUAUCUACUGACCUACUGAACUUUGACAUAUACGUUUUUAAUGACCUUAUGAAUACCUGCAUAGGUAAAGUCCUCUCCUUUGUUUCCAAGUACGACUAUAUAUGUAAGAAAUCCACACAGAGCAUUGCAGACGAUUUAAUUAAAAUUGAGCUCAAGAAGGACAUUUCUCUGCAGAAGGUUUUCCACAUUAUGACUUCUGCCCAGAUGUACGCCAUGCGAUCCGCGGCGUCGUCCUUUCCCACAGAGGGGCAGGGGAACCCCGUCAGGGUGCUCAUCAACCGGAAAGGCUUUUCCGUCACGAGUCAGCCGGAAGGCUCGCUAAGCGGUGAACCAUUCGCGGAAAAGUACCACUCUGAGCACGACGAUAAGAACGACCACGUCCUAGACGAACCGGUGAAGGGCGACAAGAACUACUACGACUCGCUUGAUAACUUUGAAGGCUGCUCCUACAAGAAGAUUUACAAGUGUGACUUCUGUGAAGAUGUGUACGAAGACCUCCGGGAGGCGAGCGAACACGAAAGUUCGCACUUUCCCACGGAUGAGGAACUGCUGUUUAACGCAUCCCAGGCGAACUCCCCCAAGGAAAAACUAUACGAGGUGGACAGGAACACGGUCUCCAAGCUGAAGCAUAUCGACUACUUCUACAUCCCCAUCGUGAAGGAAAAAACGAUAAGAUCAGUAAACUACGAACUUAAGCAAAUGUACCUCGACAUAUCAACCAUUUUUUUGUUGGACGACCAGAAAAAGGCGUAA